AUGGCCUCAUAAUUGAACGCUUUCCGGAAGUGGCGGUGAGUGCUACGCUUCUUGGAAGAUGGCGGCGAUGUUUACGUGUUGUCUAAACUGCUGCGGAGAUGGAGGAGCUGGACAUGUCCAACUUAAAGAAAUGCCCACGGUUCAGUUAGAUACUCACCGCAUGGGAACAGAUGUUGUCAUAGUGAAGAGUGGCCGGAGGAUAUGUGGCACUGGAGCAUGCCUGGCCAAUGCUCCUCUGCACCAGAACAAAAGUUACUUUGAGUUUAAGAUACAGUCCACUGGUGUAUGGGGAGUGGGUGUCGCCACGCAGAAAGCCAAUCUCAAUCAAGUGCCUUUAGGGCGAGACUGCCACAGCCUCGUCCUGAGACAUGACGGCUGUGUCGUGUACAACAAUGAGGAGAAGAACCGCCUGCCUGCCAACAAUCUCCCUCAGGAGGGCGACAUAGUGGGCAUCACGUAUGAUCACGUGGAGAUGAACUUGUAUUUGAAUGGAAAGAAUAUGCAUUGUCCCGCAUCGGGGAUACGAGGCACCGUGUCACCCGUUGUCUACGUGGACGACAGCGCCAUCUUAGACUGCCAGUUCAGCGACUUCUACCACACGCCUCCCCAAGGGUUCGAGAAGAUCCUCUUCGAACAACAAAUCUUCUAAACGAGCGCCUUUAUGAUCGCUGUCGUCGCCCUCACGUACCGUAAACACGUUUCGAUUGUGAUUUGCCAAUUUUCUCCGGCGGACGCCUCCCCAACAGUCCCGAAUAACGUGUUCUCGAAAUGUGUCGAUGUGUGAUGUCGUACUCAUUUAAAAGGCCUUUAAGAGUGGGCACAAUGAUCAGGUUAAUGAUAAUGUUAGCAGGGUUAAUGAUCAAUUGUAACACUUCCAGUAGCCUCUUAGAUUUUCCGAAAUUGGAUGUUUUCUGGAUCACAAGCCAUUUCUCGGGCUUAACGGUUUAAAUAAAGGCCGGCACUGACAUACAAUUAUAUAUUUAUUUUAUUUACAGAUCAAACUUUAAGCAAGUUUCCAUUCUUUAAUGGAUUGAUCGCUUUUCCAUUGCCUGAAUUCAUGAGGUUAAUCAAACAUGGAAUACAGUGUUUUAUGUUUGUGUUGAACUGACAGAAAAUCAAGACAUUUCGACAAACGCCUCCAAAGCUCCUUAUGUAUAUGUAUAUCUUGAAAAUCGUGUAUGGCUUAUUUAUUCUCCAAUAUAUGAGUACUAUCAGAAAUGGUGGCGCUCGGCUCUUAAAGUGAGAUGCCGUACGGUUCAUAUUGUUGCAAGUCUGCCGCCGAAAGUUCCAAUUACGUACUUGUCUUUGUUUGCACUAAGCAUUUGAUUGUACAUGAAAAUCCAAAUACUGUUGAACGAUUAAACAUUUGUGUC